UGUGUUUCUGUGGUUACGGUUUGCGGAACGGCUGCGUGCUUGUGAUUUGUUCUUGCAUAACUUUUAUUGACUGAAACGAAAGGCAUCGCUUAUUUAGCAGACCGGGGCUUCUUAAUAAUGCAACGUUAUGCACAUAGAUUUAAUCAGCUUUCAAAUGCAACACAAGGACUCUCAUCAAUGGAAAGUGAUGGCUGGAAAACAGAGGACAGAGAUUAUCCUUAUUCAGCCCAUGAUAACAGGGCUACAUUACAAAGCAGCAUUGAAGCAUAUGACAAUGGAUUGGGCCGCAAGAAGUUCCUGGGUGAGAAGAGACAGCAUAACUCCCAUUUCUGCUUAAGCCAUGACGGCACUGCUAGGAAUGAUCGGACCCAGGGCUUCUCAGCCUAUCAGACGGACUACCGGGGUUGCCAGGAGACAGACGGCGUGUACAGCAGGCGAUUUCCCAGAAACCACUUGGAGAGGACCCGUGGAGCGGCGGCCCAGGCAGACGCGGGCUUCAUGUGGUUUGGAAGGCACGACUCGAAAGGCUGCGCACCCCUCGGAGUCCUGGCCGCCGCCAAUUUAUCCUGUCUGCGAAACCCAGGGGGAACCUCCACUGGAGCUGAUAAUGCAAUCAUUGAGCUAUGAGGUACUGAGUAGUUUAGUUUAUAUUCACUAAAUAUAGCAAAUCAGCGAAGCUUUAAUGUGCCCUGGAAAAUAUUAGCUCAUAGAAAGUUGCCAUCUUGAAAUGUUGGGACAGAAAUGAAGAAAAAACUAGGGACUGAAAUGAUUCUCUCUCUGUGAAUCUCUGUAGGACUCUUAACUUGACUGUUUCACAAAUAAAAAUACAGGAGGCAUGUUGAGACAGGA